CUUGGGAAUGUAUUGUAGACUAUUCACAGACUGUGAUCAGUACCUAUUUCAUUCAAACUGUUCUGAAAAGAAUGAAUGUGAAUGUUUUCGGGGUUAUCAUGCAAUAAACAAUGAAAAGUGUGUGGCAGGGUUUAACGUAGCAUGCCGUAAUGGAGAACGAUGUGCACCCAAAAACUCUAUUUGUGUCAACUUCAAAUGUCAAUGUGAACCUAGAUACGUUUAUCGUGAAUCUAAAUGUGUGCCAAAAUUUUUGGAAAUGCCCUGUGAAACGGAGAGAGAUUGUCAGGAAAUUAAAUUUUCAACAUGUUCGAAUGAUAAAAUUUGUGUUUGUAAAUCGAAUUACGGGGGACCUGAUUUAUUAACUUGCUCACCACUUAUAGGGGGUAACUGUUCAAAAAAUGAUGAUUGUGUCGCUCAAAAUUCUUAUUGUUUUAUUAAUAAAUGCCGAUGCAUAGCCAAUCAUUUUGCUUAUUCAAAUGAUCUAUGUACACCACUGUUACUAAAUAAAAUAUGCCAGAUUUCUAACGAUUGUGAACACAUUCCGAACUCGUUCUGUUCGAGGCAAAAAAAGUGUCAUUGUAAAGACAAUCAUAUUGCAAUAAAUGGCACAAAAUGUUUGCAGUAUCUAGGUCAAGUUUGUACAAAGAAUGAAUCGUGUACCACGACGAAUUCCAUUUGUAUUAAUAAUGAAUGUCAAUGCAGACCAAAUUUCAUCAAACAUUUAAAUGCUGAAUGUAUACCAGUACGAUUUAAUCAAUCGUGUAAUGGAAAUUCUGAUUGCCCACGCAUGGGACAAGAGUGUUCUAAUCAAAUAUGUGUUUGUAAAGAUAAUCAUAUUGCAUUGACGGGCACAAAAUGCGCACCAGUUUUAGAUGGUCAUUGUUCGAAAAAUAAAGAUUGCUACGUCAAAAAAUCAAUUUGUGUUGAAAAUAAAUGUCGAUGUGAUUUCAAUCACAAGCCGAAUUCAAAUUAUGAAUGUGAAGCCACUUCAUUGGGAAAAGUGUGUUUAACCGACACGGAUUGUCGAAACAUAAAAAAUUCAAAAUGUUCAGCAAGAAAUGUAUGUGCUUGUGAAAUAAAUUAUGUAGCGUUCGAUAAUUUGUUUUGUGUAUCGUCUUUAAAUGGAUUUUGUUCAGAUGAUAAAGACUGUUGUUCCGAUACGUUUCGUUGUUUUAAUAAUCAGUGUCAAUGCAAAACUAAUUACACAGCAGUGUCUGUUGAUAGAUGUAUUGAAACUCAUUUGCUUCGUUCUUGUACUACUGUUUUGGAAUGCAGUGAUUCAUGGCAUUCAAUCUGUUUACCCGAAGGAAAAUGUGUUUGUGCGUUGAAUAAUGUAGCACUCAGACCAUCAACAUGCCUGCCAACUUUAAACGGGUAUUGUUGGCAAGAUGAUCAAUGCAUGGCUGAGAAUUCUGCUUGCAUUGAUUUCAGGUGUCAAUGCAAACCAAAUUUCAUCGCUGUCGCGAAUAAUCUAUGCGUAUUAAUUAACUGAACUACAAUUUGAAUAGGAAUGGGCCUAAAAUACUAUUUUCAGACCUUGCUUUUUUAGAGUAGGUGUUCGUACCAUUGACAAUAAGCAUCCAUUGUAUUACUUAUUAAAAAUAACAAUUUGAUUAGAUAGAUUGUUUUUAUAGACGUUAGAAGUGGCAAUUUUAUUGCCUAAUAUAGAUUAUUUAAUUUACUGACAUUUAAAAACACUAUUAAUGUU